AUGCCAGCGCUGCUGGCUCUGCCUGGGAAGGCUCCCGGAGCUCUGCAAGAGCUUUACCAUAAGCCUCUGCCUGGCCUGGCCACGUUCUGGCAGGUUGGGAUGGACCAGUUUCAGAAGGAUGAAGUCAUGUGGGAUGAUGUUUUCACAGUGGGCUUGGGCUGCAAAAUCAAAGCCCUACGUGCCAAGACCAACACGUACAUCAAGACGCCGGUCAGGGGCGAGGAGCCCGUCUUCAUCGUGACCGGGAGGAAGGAGGAUGUGGAGAUGGCAAAGAGGGAGAUCCUCUCGGCCGCCGAGCACUUCUCCAUGAUCCGGGCGACGCGCAACAAAGUGAACGGGCUGACGGGAGCGAUGCAGGGACCCCCCAACCUGCCGGGACAGACCACCAUCCAGGUGAGGGUCCCGUACCGGGUGGUGGGGCUGGUGGUGGGGCCCAAAGGAGCCACCAUCAAGCGGAUCCAGCAGCAGACUCACACCUACAUCGUGACGCCCAGCCGGGACAAGGAGCCCGUCUUUGAGGUGACGGGCAUGCCCGAGAACGUGGACCGGGCGCGGGAGGAGAUCGAGGCACACAUCACCAUGCGGACAGGCUCCUUCAUCGACGUCAAUGCCGACAAUGACUUCCACUCCAAUGGCACUGACGUCUGCCUGGACCUGCAGGGCAGCACAUCCAGCCUGUGGGCCAAGGCCCCCCACCCUGCCCGCCGCCCCGCGGGCGCCCUGCGCAACGACAGCCUGAGCUCGCUGGGCAGCACCUCCACCGAGUCCUUCUACAGUGGGCGGGUGCCCGACGCCAGCCCCACCCGCCCCUACAGCACCAGCAGCGGAUGA